UACCUCGAAACGCCCUCGACCUCUCCCGUACGCAGCAAUCAUACCUUCCACCAGUAGCACCGACCGAAUCCCUCACCCGACGACGCCGCCCACCAUGACGUCCGUAAAAAUCAACCACAUAUCCUCGCUCAACGAGCCGUACCCCUCCCCCUCGGCCCUCGAAGCCGCCACGACGACACACGUCCAAGGCACCUUUGCCAUCGCCACGCGCAAGCUGCCCAUCCUGAAAUCAGAUCCCAUCGACGCCAUGUCCGCGCGGCUCGGGAUCCCGAUCCCCGAGAUGAUCUUCGGCGACAACCUGGUCUCGAUCACGCACCGACCCACGGGCUGGUCGAUCCAGUUCAACGCCGAGGACGCGCUCGACCGCGUCGACAAGACGGGCGAGAAGAUGCUGCGGGUGGCGUACGCGGGCGAGUGGAGCUCGAGCCGCGAGAAGACGAGCGCGGGUAUUAGUGAGGUGGUCAAGCCGUUUGACUGGAGUUAUACGACGGAUUAUUGUGGGACGGAGAAGCCUGGCUCUGGCGGCGGGGCUGAAGGGACUGAAGGGAAGAAGGACAAAAAACUGCACGGGGAUGAAAACACACCGGAUAUACCCAUCGAGCUCCUGAAGCGCCGGGACCCGAUCCUCUUCGCGGACGAGGUAGUCCUUUACGAGAGCGAGCUGGACGACAACGGGUGUAGUAUCGUCAGCGUGAAGCUGCGGGUGAUGGAGCAUCGCAUGUUGCUGCUGUGCCGGAUGUUCAUGCGGUUGGAUAACGUGCUGGUGCGGGUGCGGGAUACGAGGGUGUAUGUGGACUUUGAUAAGGAGGAGGUGAUUAGGGAGUAUACGGAGAGGGAGGAUAAAUUUGAGAAUGUGAAGACGAAACUCUUCAUGCAAGGCCUCAAACUGGAUCAGGUUACUAUCGCGCUUCGUGAUGCCAACCAGGUGGCGCCUCUGCUACCGCUCAUCAAGCAGGGAGUUGAGAGCGUUAUCCUAGGUCCCGGUGUUUCUGCAAAGACGACGACCACAACACGAUUCCCAGGGCAAACGCAGUUCCCGCCACAGACGCAGUUUGUCCGUCCGCCACCAAGGUAGGGGUUGAGGGGCGGAUUUCGACGAGGUGUCUAGAGCGUUGUAUACAAGAUAACACGGUUUAAAGGCAACACGGUUUAAAGGCUUUGAUUUGAACGAAGAAACGGCGUUACUGGCGUUAGAAUGGAGAACUGGGUAGGUAGAGACAGAAUCGGGGCACUUGUUAAUACCCAUUGGACAGCCACGCCAGGAAUACCAUAAAGGAUUCGUGACUAUUCCUUUGACAAAACUUGCAAUUC